AUGACUUCGAAUACGAUUGAUAUUAUCGCACCAAUCGUGACUCCAUUACCUGAUCCUCCGGAAGGUCAAUACUUCACGGAUUUACAAUGGAGUACAUUAAUGGCCAUAAUGGAUACUGUGAUUCCUUCAAUUCACAAGGCCUCAAUCACAAAUGAUCCAUCCAGUCAGCUUUCUGUUCCCGACGAACAAUACAAUGACGCUGUAACUUAUGUGCGAACAACCAUUUCAUCGCCACCUUCAGAUGAAGCAUUAGAAGCAUAUCUCAACGAAAAACCUUCCGAUAUUCCAGCCUUUCAAGAUAUACUCCUUCGUACUUUAACUACAUAUGCCCGAGAAGAUGCUCGUAAAGCCCUGAGCUUUAUUCUCACCACACUCAAUACUCGCCUCGGUUCAUUAAUGCUCACAGGAUACGCCUCACCCUUACAGUCUCAUCCAGUCAAUAUACGCCAGUCUAUUCUUACCAAUUGGCGCAAUUCAUAUUUCUUUCCCCUUCGAGCUAUCGCCAAAACAAUGUCACUAUUAGGUAAACACAUUUGGUUGAAAACAUCCCCAAAUUUCGAUAAAGUCACGGGAUUUGCAAAAAUUCCUGAUCAUUAUAAACCAGGACCUCAUUAUGAGUAUGAGUUUUUACAAUUCACGGCGAGUGAUGAACCACAAAUUAUUGAAACGGAUGUCGUAAUUGUAGGAAGUGGAUGUGGAGGAGCAGUCUGUGCGAAGAAUUUGGCGGAAGAUGGACAUAAGGUUUUGGUGGUGGAGAAAUCUUAUUAUUUUUCUCCUUCACAUUUACCAAUGUCCGAAGCAACUUCAGGAAUUCAUCUUUUUGAAAAUGGAGGAGUGAUAAUGAAUGAUGAUUCCAGUAUGUCCAUUACGGCAGGAAGUAGUUGGGGAGGUGGGGGGACUGUCAACUGGAGCGCGAGUUUGCAAACUCAAGGUUUUGUGAGAAAAGAAUGGGCGGAGGAUAGAGGGUUGAAGUUUUUUGGUUCGACGGAUUUCCAAGAAUGUUUGGAUAGGGUUUGUGAGAGAAUGGGUGUUAGUGCAGAACAUAUAAGGCACAGUCAUGGAAAUCAGGUGUUAUUGGAGGGUUCAAGAAAGUUGGGAUUCAAUGCGAAAUCUGUUCCACAGAAUACUGGAGGGCAUGAACAUUAUUGUGGACAUUGCUCGAAUGGAUGUGGAUCUUCACAAAAGCAGGGACCAACUGUUUCUUGGCUACCUGAUGCUGCGAAGGCUGGUGCAGAGUUUAUUGAAGGGUUCAAGGUUGAUCAUGUUAUUUUUGAUGAAGAGGAUGAAAAGAAGGCAGUUGGAGUAAAGGGAGUUUGGACUUCUAGGAAUAGUCGAGGUGGUGUUGAUGGUCCUUUGUCCGACAAAAUAGUUCGAGAAGUUAUUGUCAAGGCGAAGAAAGUUAUUAUAUCAACUGGUACUCUUUGGACUCCUGUUAUAUUGAAGAAUAGUGGUCUUACAAAUUCACAAAUUGGAAGAAACUUAUAUCUUCACCCUGUCAGUAUGGUCGGUGCCGUAUUCCCUGAAGAUGUAAGACCAUGGGAAGGUGGAAUUCUUACCAGCGUCUGCACCUCCUUUGAGAACCUUGACUCUCACGGCCAUGGCGCCAAACUCGAAGCAACAUGCAUGAUGCCAUCCCUUUGCAUAUCCACCCUCAACUACCCAACUGGCUUCGAAUCUAAAUUCAAAUCUCUUCUUUACCGUCACAUGAACGUCUUUAUCUCAAUCGCUCGAGAUCGUGACACCGGAAUUGUAUACCCUGAUGCUAAGACGGGUCUUCCACGAAUUUCAUAUACACCAAGCGAGUUUGAUAGAGGCCAUAUUAGGCAAGGUGUACUCGCCUUGACAAAAAUAUGCUACGUAAGUGGUGCGAAGGAAAUUCACGUCACAGCUUCAGGCAUCAAUCCAUAUACUCGAUCUCCCUCUUCCCUUUCAACCGAUUCAAAUGAUCCCUCCUCAGACCCUGCAUUCCAAACUUGGCUCACAACCCUCUCUAACACCUCUACCAAACCUCCAUUAUCUCAAUUUGCAUCGGCGCAUCAAAUGGGUACUUCUCGUAUGAGUACUCGUCCGGAAAAUGGAGUCGUAGAUCCUAAAGGAAAGGUUUGGGAUACGGAAAAUUUGUAUGUUAGUGAUGCGAGUGUUUUCCCUAGUGCAAGUGGUGUUAAUCCUAUGAUUACGAUUAUGGCGAUUAGUGAUUGGAUUAGUAGGGGUAUUAGUCAAGAGUUGAAGGGGAAUGGUGGUGAAGAGAAGGUUGAGGAAAGAGCGAGGUUGUAG